AUGAGAUCACUUCAUUGGCUCGCUAUUGCUCCCUUCUUGGUAGCGGCAAUUCAGGCCCAGGAGAACACUUCACCCUUCCAUUGGUCUCAAUCACAGCAAUUCGUCUCUCAAUAUGCAAAGACCGGCAAAAUGGAACAAAUCGGUCGCACUGGUGUUGCUGCUAUGCAUGCCGUUUUGCUAAAUGAAAAGAAGAUUCUCGUUAUCGAUAAAGCCGAAUGGAACGAGGCACAAUUUGACACUGGCCAAAGUGCAUUUUCAGUCGAAUACGAUCUCGACACCGACGAAUACCGCAUGUUACACCUUGACACCAACACAUUCUGCUCCGGUGGUAGUUUCCUUGGAAACGGCACAUUUAUCAGCACUGGUGGCGGUGAACGUGUUGGUCGUACAUGGAAAGCAGACCCUGGAUGGCAAUCAAUUCGACACUAUAAUCCAUGUAUGAAUGAUACUUGCGAGUGGUCUGAGUUUUCUACUGGACGCAUGGAGUUCAAUCGAUGGUAUCCCACUGUGGAAACAUUACCUGAAGGUGACAUUUUCAUCCUUGGUGGAUCUACAAAGGGCGCCGCUGUCAAUCGUGAUGAGAUCAAUGUACCAUCCUAUGAAUUUUGGCCACCUAAACCCGAGGGUUCCUUUGAUUUCCCUUUCUUGAACGAGACCAUGCCUUAUAAUUUAUAUCCAUUUGUAUUUGUACUACCAGAUGGCAACCUCUUCAUCUUCGCCAACAAGCAAUCCAUCAUUUACGACUAUAAAAAGCACGAGAUUGUAAAGAGACUUCCUGACAUCCCCGGUGUUGCACGUUCAUACCCCCUCACUGGUGGUGCUGUGAUGCUUCCUCUCGAUCCUGCAAACGAUUACAAUGUUGAAAUCCUUAUCUGUGGUGGUUCAGAUCGCAUGAAGAACAACGCUGUUGCUGAUGAUACUUGUGGACGUAUCAACCUUGGCGACGAAGAACCCAAAUGGGAAAUGGAUACUUUUGUACACAAGCGUUUGAUGCCUGAUGGUGUCAUUCUUCCCGAUGGAAACGUCUUUUGGGUGAAUGGUUGCCAACGUGGCUGGGCUGGUUAUAAUGGCCGCAAUCAUGAUCCCACUUUUGAUCCACUCAUCUAUCAACCCGACAAGAAGCUUGGUGACCGCUGGAUGCAGGGUUUGGCUGAUACUGAUAUCGCACGCAUGUAUCAUUCGGUCGCAUUGACCUUACCCGAUGGCCGUGUAUGGAUUGCAGGUUCCAACAACGUUUCACCACCUGACAUCCUUGCUGAAUACCCCACUGAAUUCCGUGUCGAAUAUUACUCGCCACCUUACUUGUUCAAGAGCAACACUCGCCCUCUCAUUUCACAUGUACCACGUGUCGUUGAAUAUGGCCAAUCAUUCGAUAUCUUACUUAAUCUUGGUGAUCUCGUCAAGCCCGGUAGUGAACCUGAAAUCAAGGUUGGCUACUUGCGUCCUGGUUUCAGCACCCAUUCAAUGCAUAUGUCACAACGUUAUGUCUACCUCAAGCACACCAUCUCGGAUGAUUUGCAAACUGUCACCGUCGAAGCUCCUCCAAAUGCAAACAUCUUCCCUCCUGGAUCAGGUUUCCUUUAUGUCAUUUGCGAUGGCAUCCCAUCAAAGGGUACCGAGCUCUUUGUCCAGAAAGACAUCAAUGAUCUCAUGAUCUAA